AUGAAACAUAUACAGUCCAUCGAGCUGGUCAACUGUGAGAGAGCUAGAGAGAGAGAUCUAGAGAGAGAGAGAGAGAAUGGGACAACAUUCGUGCUGCAAUAAGCAAAAGGUGAAGAGAGGGCUGUGGUCGCCAGAGGAAGACGAGAAGCUGAUAAACUACAUAACUACCUACGGACAUGGCUGUUGGAGCUCUGUUCCCAGGCUCGCUGGGCUGCAAAGGUGUGGGAAGAGCUGCAGGCUGAGGUGGAUAAACUACCUGAGACCAGACCUGAAACGUGGCACCUUCUCAUCUCACGAAGCUGCUCUUAUCCUCCAUCUCCAUUUCAUUCUCGGCAACAGGUGGGCACAAAUAGCAAAGUAUCUGCCAGGAAGAACAGACAAUGAAGUGAAGAACUUCUGGAAUUCAAGCAUCAAGAAGAAGCACCACUUCCAUCGCCAUUAUCAUCAUUCCCACUCCUCCUCCAAUAAUGAUCUUAACAACAACAACAACAACAACAACACACUUUAUGAUCAAACCCCCCUCUUCUAUCCCACUUUCAUGAACCCUACUUCUUCUUCUUCUUCUUCUCCUCCUCUCAUCCAAACAAUCCAUCAUGAUGAGACCAUGAUGAUGAUGAUGAAUCAAAAUGGGAAUUGCUUGGUGGUGCCCAGCGACCCGACAUGGUUUCUUGGUUAUCAGCAACCACCUGAUAGCCCUACUCCUGCUACUUCCAAACAAGACAACUAUCCCUUGUUCUUCGCUAAUAACAACAACAGUAAUGAAGAAGAUAUCUCCGGCGCCCGGGUUUUCGCCGCCGACGAUGAUCCGGUGAUGUUUCCGGCACUGCCAAAGCCCUGCGACAUGAUGAUGAUGAUGAUGAUGAUGAAAGAUAAUAUGGAGUGUGGUCUACUGCCGCCAUUGAUGAUUCCUUCAUCGUCCUCUUCCCAUUCGAGCAAUAAUGCCGCGGUUGCGCAGUCGUCAGAAAUGCACGCGCCUCCGGCGGCGGCCUAUCCGUUCCCAUCACCGCCGCCACCGUUGUCUUUUGAUGAUGGGCAGCUGGGGAAUCAGCUCAUUGCAUUUCAACCUUAAAUUAAAUCAUGCAUGCAUGCAUGUUCUAGUGCCAUGCAUGAUCAAUAUAUAUUUGCAUGUGUGUGUUGUGUCGCUUUUUUUUAAUUAUAAAUACAUAAAGAAAGAUUAAUAUUGUUC